AUGGAGUGCGGCCGAAGCAGAGUGGAGGACGAAAGAAUCGUCGGUGGAAGAGCAGCGAGGGAAGGAGAGUUUCCAUACUUGGCAUCCAUUCAGAAAUACGGGUCUCACGUCUGUGGCGGUAUCAUCAUCUCAAGGGACACUAUGCUAACUGCCGCGCAUUGUGUGCGGAGAAGAAACGUGACUGACCUUCAACAAAAGCUUGGUAUGAGAGUGGAAGCUGGAAAAACGGACUUGAGAAAGAAUGCAACACACAGCCAAAGUAGAAGGGUGAAAUCUAUCAUAAGUCACGAGAAAUUUGGAACAAACGGAAUGCGUAACGACAUAGCACUGCUGAAGCUGCAGGAGCCGUUCGACUUGGAAGACUCGGAGGGAUACGUGGCCCCCAUCUGUUUACCAGAUCCAGAGCAGUCGUCUUCUCUCCGGGGCAAUAUAAUCGUUUCAGGAUGGGGAGCCACAAGGGAAGGUGGACAUGGAUCCGACACAAUGUGGAUGGUAGAGGUGGUAUUCUUUUAG